CUAAAACCAUGAAGCAUAGGCAAGUUGCUCUGCAUUUUUCUUUUUGUAUCUAUGUGCUAAUCUUGACAUUAGCCACCGCCGAUACCGCCGAUACCACCUCUAACACCACCACUCCAAGUACCACCAUAACCAAAGGUGCUAAUAUCACGAAACGGCCAGGAUGCCCAAAACAAUGUGGAAACCUUACAGUUCCAUACCCAUUUGGGAUUGGCUUAGGAUCUGGUUGUGGCUUGGACCCCGGAUUUGAGAUCGACUGCAACACUUCAACUGGUUCUCCAAAACCCCUCAUAGGGAACAUUAAUGUCUACGAAAUAUCCGACGCUGAAAUGCGCAUAUCAAGUACUGUAGCUCGGAGGUGUUACUCACGCGAAGGACUACUACUCCCAUGAUCUUGCAUGGAUUGAUGACAAUUUUGAAUGGAAAUUUCACCCUAUAAAAGAAGGCCUAAUGUUUAGGAUUUAGCUGCUGUAAUGAUAGGGCUCAACUAUGCCAAUGGCUGUAUCUCUCUCUGUAAUAGUUCCAGCGAUAUUGUUUUUGAAGGAAGAUGUAUGGGAACUGGUUGCGGUCAAAUAGAAAUACCAAAGGGAUUGAAAUACUUUAAUGCAACAAUCCUAAGCAUGGCUAACCACACACAAGUUUGGUCUUUCAAUCGAUGUGGCUAUGCGUUUCUUGGUGAGGCGAGUCGCUUCCAAUUUAGGGGCGUUGAGGAUCUUACUGAUGAUGAUGUUAAGUUUACACAAAGGAUUUUGAAUAAUGUCCCGAUCGUGCUAGAUUGGGCCAUUGGAAGUCUUACUUGUGUUGAAGCACAGAACCGUACUGAUUAUGCUUGCCUGGAGAAUAGCCAGUGUGUUAAUUCCAACACAAGUCUUGGUGGUUAUAGGUGCAGUUGUAACUCGGGAUAUGAAGGCAAUCCAUACAUCAGUCCCGGCUGCCAAGAUAUUGAUGAAUGUGCGGAUUCAAAUGCCAAUUCGUGUGAACAAAAUUGCAUAAACACGCUGGGGAGUUACAAUUGUUCCUGUCGUGAAGGAUACACCGGUGAUGGUAAAAAGAAUGGUCAUGGCUGUAUUGCACUAAACUCAAACUCUGAGUUCCCAUGGAUCAAGUUUUCUGUUGGUAUGGGAGUUGGCUUUAUAUCCCUACUGGUUGGGACAAUUUUGCUCUAUUUCAGUAUCAAGAGACGAAAACUCAUUAAACUUCGGGAGAAGUUCUUCCAACAAAAUGGUGGUUUACUCUUGAAACAACAAAUCUCCUCUAAAAAGGGUUGUAUGGAAGCAGCCAAAAUUUUUACAGCUGAGGAUUUGAAGAAGGCGACGAACAACUAUGCCAAUGAUAGAAUUCUUGGCCGUGGUGGAAAUGGAAUUGUCUAUAAAGGUAUUUUACCUGAUAAUCGCAUAGUUGCAAUUAAAAAAUCUAAGUUUGUGGACGAGGAUCAAAUUGAACAGUUCGUCAAUGAGGUACUUAUUCUUACUCAAGUCAACCACAGAAAUGUAGUGAGACACUUUGGCUGCUGUUUGGAAGCUGAAGUGCCUUUACUAGUUUAUGAAUACGUUUCUCAUGGAACUCUUUAUGAGCAUAUCCACAAUUCAAAUGGAGAGCCAUGUAUGUCUUUGCAAAAUCGACUACGAAUAGCUGCAGAGACAGCAAGUUCACUUGCUUACCUUCAUUCAUCUGCAUCGAUGCCAGUAAUUCAUAGAGAUGUCAAAUCUACUAACUUAUUAUUGGACGAUGUUUACAUAGCAAAAGUGGCAGAUUUUGGAGCUUCAAGAUUAGUACCUCUUGACCAAACACAUGUUGCUACAUUGGUUCAAGGAACAUUAGGGUACUUAGAUCCUGAAUAUUUUCGCACAGGUCAAUUGACAGAGAAAAGUGACGUUUAUAGUUUCGGAGUAGUUCUUGCAGAACUUUUGACAGGGAUAUUACCUAUUUCGAGGGAUAAAAGUAACCAGGACAAAAAUUUGGCAGAGUAUUUUGUUUUGUCCAUGAACAAGAAUAGCUUAUUUCAAAUUCUUGAUCGCAGAGUAGUAAAAGAAGGAAAUCUUGAGCAACUUCAGAAAAUUGCUGAGCUUGUUAAGAGUUGCCUUCACUUGCAUGGAGAAGACAGGCCAACUAUGAAGGAAGUGGCAAUGGAACUUGAGAGUUUAAGAAAGUUCACCGGUCCUUGGGCUAAUGGACAUGGGCAUGAAAAGAAUGAAGAUGAAUUAUCAGAUCUUUAUGCAAUUCCAAUUGACUCUAACGGAGGUUUCGACAACUUCUCUGGACAAUAUCCCAACUCCUACAUAAAUAGCAGCAUUUUUUCUGGACAAUAUAGUUCGGAUAGUUCUUCUUUACUAUAUAAUACAAAUAUCCCUCGGUGAUCCUGAACAGAAGGUUAAUACGAUGAUUGAUGAAGAUUUUCUGCGUUUGUAA